ACAGAGCAAAUCGUACAAAGAUUUCAAACAGUAGACUUCACAGAGGAGACUUUACAGAGUAGAUUUCACAGAUUAGGUCGCACUUUUUAUCUGCAUAACAGUAAGUACAGCAACACUUACAAAACAACUCAAUUAUAAAACAAAAAUGGCCAGAAAUAACAGAGGAAAUAUACCCUUGACCUUAAACCAUGACCUUAAACUAAAGAACUGUGGUCUUCGUGUGAUAAAGAGUAGAGGGGUGUGCAAAAAUAUUGAAAUAUCGAUAUAUCGUAUCGUUUAAUGUGAUGACACAGUAUCGAUAUUGUGGGCUGCUCUAUCGAUAUAUCACCAAGAGUAUUUUUGGUUUAUUUUACUAAAUGAUUUUGUUACAGCUACAGUUUCGUUGUUUGUUUAGUGGAAGGAAACUCGUUUGACAUUUUCUCUGUUUUGAGGAUUAAAAUGUUUGUGUUUCAUAUGAACUUUGCACAAGAAGUGGUUUAACAAAGAUUUUCCAUGAUUUAGCCUUUAUUUUUUACUGAACCGUAUCGAAUCGAAAGCGCACUGUAUCGAGGUUUGUCUCAUAUCAGUGACUUCUUAACAACACUCGGCCUCAGUCAACAGGGAAACGUGGCUCUUGCCCCGGCUGGGAGUAUGACAUCAUCACAUUCUAGAACCUGAAAACCUCCCAGUUCCAUCAGGUUCACGGCGCCGAUGACAUCAUACAUGUAAAGUUCCAUAAAGCCUUGUUACCAUGGCAACUCCGGAACUCAAAGCUAAACUUCAAAGCUUUGUGGGCUUUAACUCAAAGCUUUGUUUGGCCUCGGGGAGAUUAUAAGAGUAGGCAAAUCGCAAAUCACAAAUCGAAAAUCACAUAUCGCUUAACGGAAAAGGCACAUUUAGCUGAGCUUGACACAGAGCAAAUCGUACAAAGAUUUCAAACAGUAGACUUCACUGAGGAGACUUUACAGAGUAGAUUUCACAGAUUAGGUCGCACUUUUUAUCUGCGUAACAGUUAUAUUCAAAGGACAGAAACCAUGUCUUUUCCUGGCAAGAACCUGAAGCCUGGCAUGAAGCAGGGCAUAAGUCAUGGUCACAGAGUGCGUCCUUCACAACAAGCACAGGCUCGGGCUGAGGCCAUAGCCAAAGAGAGGGAAAGGAUGGAGCAAUUUGGGGAGAAGGCACGCCAAAUGCGACUGCUCUCCAAGAAAAAUGAAGGUUCUGCCCCCGUCCGCUCCAGCAUCCUCCCACCCCUGCCAGCAGCCGACAGAAAACGUACAUCACAGACCCCAGUGUCUCUCAAUCGCCCAGGCUCAGACAGCAAGUCCAAAGAACCUCCAGUGAAACAACAUCGAAUAGCAUCUUUACGACCUCCUGCACGACUACCUUCACCGCCGUCACAUUCAAAGUCCAAGUCAGGUACAAAUAGAAUAGCUUCUGUGCCCCCGAGAUGGCCAUUUCCAAUUGGAAAGAUGGAUCCUAGUUCUGAACCCAUCAUGCAUGUCUACAGUAAAGACGAGUAUUUGCUAAUCAGCCACAAGGGUGUGCUUUCUGUGUGUGGAAACAAAAGUGACUUAACAUCUCUUGAGCGCUGGGAAGAAGAAUACAACUCAUACUGCAAGCUGAUCCAAAUCCCCUUCUUUGCCAAUUUCAAAUUGUUAAAGCCGUUCUAUAUUUGGCGCCACAAAGUCACUAAGAAGAAGAUACAUUUAGCUCAAGAACAUCUGAGAAACAAUUUAUUCUUUACUGAUCCGUCUCUUGGUCCAGCUCUACUAGACAUCAAGAAACUAUGCAUAGAGAUUGAUACCACAGGCCUGUUUCGCCUGGAUAAAAAACGGACCUACACUCUGAAAGAGUUUCAGGAUUUUCAUUUUGAACAGCUACAAGAGGUGCACAAUGAUCUGGAUAAUUUUCAUGGGUUGGUAAAGGAGCUGGCCAUAAGUGCUUGUCGAAACGCUUUCCUACAGCUGAAGCCUUGUGGUAAAUAUGAGGAAGAAAAUUAUGAGAGAAGACGAGAUUCUCUCACAAAACGGUUACAAGGUUUUAUCCGUCUUAUUGACUUCAUAAUUACCAACACACUGCAUAUGUUGGUGCUACAUGGUGUGGAGAAAAUAUUGAUGGCAUUUCAGGAGCAAGUUGAAAAAACACCAGAUUCUUCUCAAAUGCAAAACUGGGACAUACAGGCCAAUGGUGCAACGGGGCCUGCAGCAAAUGAGGAUAAGAAUAACACAGCUGUUGAAGCUGUCCAAGGCCAACCUAUUUUCAUCACAGAACUCAAACUUUCUGAGGAUAUGUUGCAUUAUGCCCCAUCAGAGGAAAAAUUUCAGAGGGCUAUUGAGGAGCUGACUGAGCAGUUUAAAGAGACUGUAUUAUCUGUGCAUGCCCUUAUGUCCGAUCAAGACUUGGAUGAAUUCAUAAACCUGACAGAAGAAAAUAAGGAUGAAAAGGGACAACCAUGUCUUGAAGCCCUUCUAUACAGUGAUAGUCACCUUCAACAGGCUAUGUCAGAAAUCAAGACAGCAAUUCACUUUGCUUUUGAUACCGCAAGUGUAUAUGCUCACACAUUUGAGCAUUUUCGGACAUUCUACAAGGAAAACAAAAAUUUAGAUGUUCAAGCAUUACAACAAAAAGAACAUGGUUUUCUGUUUUUUGAAAAGGCAUUAGCUCUAUAUCACAAUCAGCACAAUGAAGCCUUAACUAUUCCACAGAAGAGGAGCCUUGGCUUACUUCUUGUUGAACAAACAGAACUCAAACAGAAACUUGUGCAGUCCCCUCUUAAUUGUUUAGAGGUCAUCAAUGGGCUCCUGACGCGACUUGCUAAGCACAAGGUCGACGCUGUUCUUAAAGAGACUAAUGACGCCGAAAUUAACCUGCGAGUUAGUCCAUCAACCACGGCUGAAUUAGCCAAUUACCUUAUUUUCUUGGAACAAAUACAAGAGAGAAUCCAUAGAUUAACAGAAGAGGAAGAAGCAAUCAGUCAGCUGUUUAAUCUAAUUGGCAAUUACUCAGUUCCAACACCACCUGAAGAUGCCUCAUUGUUUGCCUCAUUAAAACCUGCUAUUAGCUUAUUGGAAGUUAACAUUCUUGAUGCAUCUUUGGCCGUAAAGGACAUAACAAAAAAAUUCAAUUCUUCACUAAAGAAAGAUAUGAACGAUCUGAAACAAAAAAUUAUGGAACUUGAUCAUAAAUCACAGGACAAACAAAUACUGGAUAUCAAUGCAGACCCUGCGAAAGUACGACUGCUUUUGGGUGAAAUCCAGAUUUCUGUCGAUGAGCUUUGUGCCCAGGCAGCCACUUAUAUGUCCUAUCAGAAAAGAUUUAAUGUGGAGGUGAAGUUUGAGUCUUUGAAAAUGUUGACCACAAAAGUUCAACUGAAGCAGCUGCUGUGGGAUUCUUUGGAGGAAUGGGACACUUUACAGGAAAAAUGGCGAAAGAGUUUGCUUUCGAAGCUGGACCUGGAGAUGUUAGCAGCACAAGUUACUAAAUACUCUAAAUAUGCAAACCAAAUGGAGAAGGGGCUGCCAUGUAACAAUUUAGUGCCAAGUUUUAAGAAGAAAGUGGAACUGAUGAAGUGUAGGCUUCCUGUGAUAACUGAUCUCCGUAACCCAUGUAUAAAACCUGAACAUUGGGAAACUCUGGGGUAUAUGGUGGGACAAAAUCUGGAGGUGGAGAAGCUUACUAUUGCAGAAUUAGAGGAGCUUGAUCUAUUCAGCUAUGGGCCAGAGAUCCAAGAGAUUUCAGGACAAGCUUCAGGAGAGGCCUCUGUUGAGACACUAAUUAAAAAGGUGGAGGAUAUUUGGAAAACUACAGAAUUCACUGUUCUGUCUCAUGGCGACUCCAAAGAAGUUUUUAUCUUGGGUGGAACUGAUGAAAUACAGAUGGCCCUGGAUGACAGCAUUAUCAAUGUUGGGACAGUUGCAUCAUCUCGUUAUGUGACUCGUAUCAAGUCCAGGGUGGAUGAGUUGCUGAGACAGUUGCAUCUUUUCAAUCAAACAUUGGAUGAGUGGCUCACAUGCCAAAGAAAUUGGCUGUAUCUGGAGAGUAUAUUUUUUGACCCAGACAUAAAGAGGCAGCUUCCUGCAGAAUCGAAGAUGUUUCUCAAAGUGGACAAGUCUUGGAAGAUGAUUAUGUCAAGGGUAAAAAAUAUGCGUAAUGCUCUGAGAGCAGCGACUCAGCCUCAUCUACUAGAGACGUUUAAGAGCAACAAUGCCCUUUUGGAUGAGAUACAUAAAUGUCUUGAGGCUUAUCUUGACUCUAAGAGAGUAAUUUUCCCAAGGUUUUAUUUCUUAUCUAAUGAUGAGCUGCUUAAGAUUCUGGCCCAGACAAGAAAUCCUCAAGCAGUGCAGCCCCAUCUUAGGAAAUGUUUUGAUUCCAUUACACGGCUAGAGUUUGCCCUGUUGCCUGAAAAGUCUCGAGAUGCCACAGAGGGUGACGUUGAUCCUCAGCAAGACACAAUUUAUAGCAAAGACAUCCUGAAAAUGGUCUCUCCAGAGGGUGAAAAGGUGUCAUUAACUAAGGGUCUUAAGGCUCAGGGGAAUGUAGAAGAUUGGCUGUGUAAGGUGGAGGAGGCCAUGUUUGUAUCACUGCAGCAUCUCAGCAAAGCCGCCAUAGCAGAUUACCAGGUCAAGUCCAGAGAGGAAUGGGUCGUGGCUGGACAUCCGUCACAGGUGGUGCUGACGAUCUCCCAGAUGAUGUGGUGCAGAGAUAUGGAUGCCUGCCUUGAAGGGGACCAUGACCACUGUGUUGCAUUACAGCAGUUUGAACAAACCAACGUUAAUAGACUGAAUUCUUUGGCAGCUUUAGUAAGGGGACAACUACCACCCUUACAUCGGAAUAUAAUCACCGCGCUCAUCACCAUUGAUGUUCACGCCAGAGACAUUGUCACAGAUCUUGUCCGACAGAAGGUGGACUCCAGGUCAAACUUUGAAUGGCAGAGACAGUUACGUUACUACUGGGACAUGGAUUUGGACAACUGUGUUGCCACUAUGGCUCUGUCCACCUAUAUAUAUGGCUAUGAAUACCUUGGAGCCUGUCCAAGGCUUGUUAUUACUCCACUUACAGAUCGUUGCUAUUUAUGUCUGAUGGGAGCUCUGCAGUUAGACCUCGGAGGUGCUCCUGCAGGGCCAGCUGGGACAGGAAAAACAGAAACCACCAAGGAUCUGGCCAAGGCUUUAGCCAUACAGUGUGUGGUCUUCAACUGUUCUGAUGGGUUGGACUACAAGAUGAUGGGCCGCUUCUUCAGUGGUCUUGCUCAGUCUGGAGCUUGGUGUUGCUUUGAUGAGUUUAAUCGAAUUGACAUUGAAGUGUUGUCUGUGAUUGCUCAACAGCUCAUCACUAUUCGAAAUGCUAAAGCCGCAAAGCUGUCAAGGUUUCGAUUUGAGGGAAGGGAGAUCAAACUAGUGAUGACCUGUGCUGCCUUUAUUACUAUGAAUCCUGGCUAUGCUGGUAGAACAGAGUUGCCAGACAAUCUAAAGGCUUUAUUCAGACCCAUAGCCAUGAUGGUCCCUAAUUAUGCUCUUAUUGCUGAGGUGAUUUUAUACUCUGAAGGAUUUGAAUCAAGUAAGACGCUGGCUAGGAAGAUGACCCAGAUGUACAAGCUAUGCUCAGAGCAGCUGUCACAACAAGACCACUAUGAUUUUGGCAUGAGAGCGGUCAAAUCUGUGCUGGUGAUGGCUGGAUCCCUGAAGAGGAGCAACCCCCACCUCAGUGAAGAUGUGGUACUUAUCCGAGCUUUGCGGGACUCUAACCUUCCAAAGCCAAAGUUUCUCACAGAUGAUGCUGUCUUGUUUGGUGGGAUCUUAUCUGACUUAUUUCCUGGGGUGUCAAUCCCUGAGCAUGACUAUGGUGUUCUACAUUCCACUAUUGUAGAGUGUCUAGUUAAGGGCAAUUUACAACCUCUGCCUGCAAUGACCAAAAAGGUAAUCCAGUUGUAUGAGACUAUGCUAGUGCGCCAUGGAGUUAUGUUAGUUGGGCCAACUGGAGGGGGUAAAACUACUGUCUACACUAUUCUGGCCAACACACUGGAGACCCUUUAUAAUUCAGAGUAUAAGGAAACCAACCCCUUCUACCAGCCAGUCAAGACCUAUGUUCUGAACCCCAAAUCAGUGACAAUGGGAGAACUCUAUGGCGAGAUGAACAAUUUGACUCUUGAGUGGAUUGAUGGACUGAUGGCGUUGAGUGUUCGUGAUGCAGUUAGUGACACGACUGACGAUCACAAAUGGGUCAUAUGUGAUGGCCCCGUGGACGCCCUGUGGAUUGAGAACAUGAACACUGUGCUUGAUGACAACAAGAUGCUCUGUCUGGCCAAUAGUGAACGAAUCAAGCUCACUCCAUCAAUUCACAUGGUGUUUGAGGUUCAAGAUCUGGCUGUGGCUUCUCCAGCAACUGUCAGUCGAUGUGGAAUGGUAUAUAUUGAUCCAGAUGAGCUCAAAUGGAUGCCUUAUGUUCAGACAUGGAUCAAUGGUCUCGGAGACAAGUUUCCAGAGGCAGUCAGCAAAUAUCUCCUGGGGUUAUUUGAAAACUACGUGGAGAAGGGUCUUCAGUUUGUCUCAAAGAACUGUAUACAGGCUAUUCGCCAAGUGGACAUAAGUAAAGUCACCACUCUCUGUGCUUUACUUGAAGUAUUGCUGCUUGGCCAGGAAGGACCUGGAUUUACAAUGGAUGCACGUGAUCUCAACAGGGUUAUUUGCCAGACAUUUGUCUUCUGCUAUAUUUGGUCUGUUGGAGGCAAUCUGACAAGCACAUACUGGGAGUCCUUUGAGGCUUUUGUUAAAGAACAAUUUUCAGGCAACAGGGAUGCCGAGAUUCCAGAGCAAAUGGUUCUACGGAAUGUACACAUGAAUUUUAAGAACAUUCGUCUCCAACCGUGGGACAAAAUCAUUCCUGCUUUUAAGUACAAUAGUGAGCAGCCAUUUUUUGAGAUGCUGGUCCCAACCCCAGACACUGUGCGAUAUGGGUAUUUGAUGGAGAAACUGCUGUCUGUGCAACGCUCUGUACUUUUCACUGGUGAUACUGGAGUGGGGAAGUCAGUUGUUGCCCGUGAUCUACUAAACAGGAUACAAGAAAAGGAAGGAUAUCUUCCCAUCUUCAUCAACUUCUCUGCUCAAACUUCCUCUGCACGCACCCAAGAAAUUAUUGAGUCUAAACUGGAAAAGAAGAGAAAAAAUAUUCUUGGUGCUCCUGGAAAUAAAAAAUUGGUAGUCUUUGUGGAUGACUUGAACAUGCCUAAGCUGGACAGCUAUGGUUCUCAGCCACCCAUCGAACUCCUCCGUCAGUUCCAAGACUUCUCUGGGUUCUACGACAGAGGAAAGUUCUUUUGGAAAGAGAUCCAGGACAUGACUAUUGCAGCUGCAUGUGCUCCUCCGGGAGGUGGCCGCAACCCAAUAACUCCUCGAUUUAUCCGCCACUUCAGUAUGCUGUGUUUGCCUACACCAUCAGAGCUGUGCCUCAAACAGAUCUUCACGGCUAUCCUAAAUGGUUUCCUCACCGAGUUUGCAGGGGAAGCAAAGGCCUGCUCCUCUCACAUUGUGGACGCAGCUGUGGAGAUUUACAAUCGUUUGAGUUUGGAUUUGCUCCCCACUCCAGCAAAGUCUCACUAUGUCUUCAAUCUCAGGGACCUUUCCAAGUGUGUUCAAGGCAUAUUACAGUGUGAUUCUACUUAUGUGAAAACAAAGAAUCAGAUCUUUCGCCUUUUCUGUCAUGAAUGCCAGCGAGUAUUUCAUGACCGUCUUAUAAACAACCAGGAUAAGGCUUACUUCAAUACCAUCAUCUGUGAUAUGGCCAGUAGAUAUUUUAGCAUUACUAUGGAGCCUGAAAGCUUUGUGACACAUCCAAUUAUAUUCGGGGACUUUAUGACGGUGGGUGCAGAGAAAGAAGACCGCAUAUAUGAAGAUCUAACAGACAUAGAGAAGAUACAGGCUGUCCUGCAAGACUACCUUGAUGACUACAACCUGACCUUCUCCAAGGAGACGAAGUUGGUUUUCUUCCAGGAUGCUACUGAACAUGUCUCUAGAAUUGCCCGUGUGAUUCGCCAAGAGAGAGGAAAUGCACUCCUUGUGGGGGUGGGAGGAACAGGAAAGCAGUCUCUAACCAGACUAGCAGCUCAUAUGUGUGGCUAUCGGUGCUUUGAAAUCGAACUAACCCGAGGCUACAACUAUGACAGCUUUCAUGAAGACCUGAGGAGGCUCUAUAAGAUGGCUGGUGUGGAAGGCAAAGAUAUGGUGUUUCUCUUUACUGAUACUCAGAUUGUGGUGGAAGAGUUUUUGGAAGAUAUCAACAACAUGCUGAAUUCUGGUGAAGUGCCAAAUCUUUUUGAGAAGGAUGAGUUGGAACAAGUCCUGGCAGCCACUCGGCCAAAAGCGAAAAAGGCUGGAAUAAGUGAAGAGAACCGGGACGAGGUUUUCCAGUACUUCAUUUCUCGUGUUCGAGAGAAACUGCACAUAGUGUUGUGCAUGAGCCCUGUAGGUGAUGCCUUUAGGUCCCGAUGCCGGAUGUUCCCUUCACUUGUCAACUGUUGCACUAUUGAUUGGUUUAUACAGUGGCCACGGGAGGCUCUGCUUUCUGUCUCUCAGGCCUUUUUCCAGAACAUAGACUUUGGCAGUGCUCUUCUGAAACAGAGCUUUUCCACCAUGUGUGUGGAGAUACAUGUGAGUGUGUCCGACAUGGCUGAGCGCUACUACUCCGAGCUGAGACGCAGGUAUUACACCACACCUACCUCAUACCUGGAGCUCAUUAACCUCUACCUGUCCAUGUUGGGGGAAAAGAAACAACAAUUAGUCCUUGCAAAGGACCGUGUGAAGAAUGGACUGACAAAGUUGCUUGAGACCAAUAAGCUAGUGGACAAAAUGAAAGUGGACUUGUCGGCUUUGGAGCCAGUUCUUCAACAAAAGUCUAUUGAUGUUGAUGCUCUGAUGAAGAAGCUCGUUGUUGAUCAGGAGAAAGCUGAUGAGGUCCGUAGUGUGGUUAAAGAAGAUGAGGCUUCAGCUAAGUACCAGGCAAGCGAAACGCAAGCCAUUGCUGAUGAUGCCCAAAGGGACUUAGAUGAGGCUCUGCCUGCUCUGGAGGGAGCCAAUCAGGCCCUGAACUCCCUGGACAAGGCUGACAUCUCAGAGAUCAAAGUGUUUACUAAGCCCCCUGACCUGGUCAUGACCGUCAUGGAAGCUGUCUGCAUCCUGCUCAACUGCAAACCAGAUUGGCCAAGCGCUAAGCAGUUACUUGGAGAUUCAAAUUUUCUCAAGCGUCUAACUGACUAUGACAAAGACAAUAUUAAGCCACAGAUCCUGCAAAAGCUAGUGAAAUAUGUUAAUAAUCCAGAUUUCAUCCCCGAAAAGGUCGAGAAAGUUUCCAGAGCCUGCAAAUCAAUGUGCAUGUGGGUCAGAGCGAUGGAUCUGUACAGCAAGGUUCUGAAAGAAGUUCGCCCUAAAAGAGAAAAACUGGCCAAAGCACAAGAAGAACUGGAUGUGACUAUGGCAACCCUAAGGGACAAGCAGCAGAAGCUAAUGGAAGUUGAGAACAAGAUCCGUGUCUUACAUGAGCAGUUUAAGAGCAGUGAGAGAGAGAAGGAGGAUCUCGUGAACACCAUGGCUCUGACACAGGCUCGGUUAAGUAGAGCAGGGAAACUCACAUCUGCUCUUGGAGACGAGCAGGUUCGCUGGGACCAGAGUGUUGCCCAGUUUGAACAGGAGAUCAUCAACAUUGUGGGCAAUGUCUUUAUUGCUGCUGCCUGUGUGGCAUAUUAUGGAGCAUUUACCUCACACUAUAGACAGCUGCUAAUCGAGCAGUGGAUAAAACAGUGCCAAGGACUGAAUAUUCCCAUCAGCUCCAGCUUCAGCCUGAUUAAGAUUCUGGGUGACUCUUAUGUUAUUCGUCAGUGGAACACAGAAGGUCUGCCUCGAGACACAGUUUCCACAGAAAACGCCAUCUUGGUGACGCAGGGCCGCCGUUGGCCUCUCAUGAUAGAUCCACAGGACCAGGCCAACAGGUGGAUUCGUUCCAAAGAAGGCAAAAAUGGUUUAAAAGUAAUCAAAUUAACAGACCCAAAUUUUCUACGUACACUUGAAAAUGCAAUCCGUCUCGGCUCGCCUGUGCUGUUGGAGGAGCUUAAAGAGACCUUGGACCCUGCUUUGGAGCCUAUUCUGCUGAAACAGACUUUUGUAUCAGGUGGACGUACUCUGAUCCAUCUUGGGGACUCAGAUAUUGACUAUGACAAAAACUUCAAAUUUUAUAUGACAACAAAAAUGGCUAAUCCACAUUAUCUCCCAGAGGUGUGUAUCAAAGUUACUAUUAUUAAUUUCACUGUGACCAAGUCUGGCCUAGAAGAUCAACUACUAAGUGAUGUUGUUCGCCUGGAGAGUCCCCAUCUGGAAGAGCAGAGGAAUGAGCUGAUUGUUCGAAUUAACAAAGACCGCAACCAGCUAAAAGACAUUGAGGACCGCAUACUGAAGCUGCUGUUUACAUCUGAAGGAAAUAUACUUGAUAAUGAGGAGCUUGUUCAAACGCUGCAGGAGUCUAAGGUGACAUCUGAGGCUAUAAAAGUUCGCCUAGAGGAAGCAGAGGCCACAGAGGUCAUGAUCAAUACAGCAAGAGAGCGAUACCGCCCCGUAGCCACCCGCGGCUCUGUAUUAUAUUUUGUUGUCGCCAGUCUCUCUGAAAUCGAUCCAAUGUACCAGUUCUCACUCAAGUACUACUUCAAACAGCUGUUUGUCACCACAAUCGAGACAUCCCAGAAGAGCAGCAUCCUGGAGGAGCGUCUUGAGAUCCUACUUGACCAGAUCCUGCUGAAUUCCUACAUAAACGUGUCUCGCGGUCUGUUUGAGCAGCACAAGCUCAUCUACAGCUUCAUGUUGUGUGUGGACAUCAUGAGGCAGAGACAAGAGAUCUCAGAGGUCGAGUGGCAGUUCUUCCUCCGAGGAGCUGCCUCACCGGACAAGGAAAACCCAGAUCGUCCUGAUGUACCAUGGAUAAGUGAUUUUUACUGGAAGACUUGUUUUCAACUUGAUCACAUCCUGCGCUGUUUCAAAGGCAUAUCCAAUGAAAUCACCAAGACUCACAUCAAUAUUAAACUAGGACGUUUUCAAGCAUCACUUAAUCCAGAGACCUGGGAGGGCUAUGUCAAAGAUCUACUGCCUCUUGAGGAAUCCAACAGGACCAAGGAAGGCGGAGUCAAGGGUCACUGGAACGAGAGACUGGGGUCUUUCCAGAAAUUAAUCUUAAUCAAGUGCUUAAUGGAAGAGAAGGUUGUAUUCGCUGCUACUGAGUUUGUGAUUGUCAAUUUGGGGAAACAGUUUGUGGAGAACCCCCCAGUUGACCUUGCCAACCUGUACAACGACAUGUCUCCCUGCACCCCACUCGUGUUCAUCCUCAGCACCGGCUCUGAUCCCAUGGGUGCCUUCCAGCGCUUUGCCAAAGAACGAGGCUAUCUUGAAAAGGUUGAGUCUAUUUCAUUGGGGCAGGGACAAGGGCCGAUAGCCGAAAAGAUGAUACGUGAAGCAAUGGAAAGUGGGAACUGGGUAUUCCUUCAGAACUGUCAUUUAGCUGUGUCCUGGAUGCUGGCAAUGGAGGAACUUAUCAAAACAUUCUCAGAACCAGAUACAAAGAUCCAUGAAAACUUCCGGUUAUUCUUGAGCUCUAUGCCCACAAAAGUAUUUCCUGUCACAGUAUUGCAAAACUCUGUUAAGGUGACGAAUGAGCCUCCCAAAGGACUGCGAGCAAAUAUGAGAAGAGCCUUCACAGAAAUCACCACAAACUUCUUUGAGGACCAUGUUCUAGGAAACCACUGGAGAAAAAUCGUCUUUGGUAUAUGCUUUUUCCAUGCAAUAAUCCAGGAGCGGAAGAAGUUUGGCCCUCUAGGCUGGAACAUCCGUUAUGAGUUCAAUGAUAGUGACAGGGAGUGUGCUCUGCUUAACCUCAACCUGUACUGCAAAGACGGCUCCAUCCCGUGGGACGCACUUGUUUACAUCACUGGUGAGAUCACAUAUGGAGGCAGAGUGACAGAUGUUUGGGAUCAGCGAUGCCUAAGAACCAUUUUGAAAGGCUUCUUCUCACCUCCAUCUCUGAGUCCAGGCUACACUUACUCUUCCUCAGGGAUCUACUAUGCCCCAGAGUCUAGUCAUCUCAAGGACUUCAGGGAUUAUAUAGAAAGUCUCCCCAUUAUUGAUGAUCCAGAGGUGUUUGGUAUGCACGAGAACGCCAACUUGGCUUUUCAGCGACAAGAAACUUUAUCUUUAAUUAGCACCAUACUGGAUGUGAACCCUCGAUCUGCAGCCACUCAUGGGGCCAAGAGUAAUGAUGAUGUAGUCUGCGAGUUGGCUAUGUCCAUCUUGGAAAAACUCCCUAAGCAUCUGGACAUGAGUGAAGCUACAGAGUCCCUGUUUAUCCGAGAUGAACAUGGACGCUUGAACUCGCUCACAACCGUGCUGGGCCAGGAGGCAGAUCGAUUCAACAAUUUACUCAAAGUGCUCAAGACUUCUCUUGUAACGCUACAAAAGGCCAUUGGGGGUCUGGUAGUGAUGUCAGAGGAGAUGGACCGUAUCUACACGAGCUUCCUCAACAACCAGGUCCCGAGUCACUGGGCCAACUCUGCAUACCCCUCCCUCAAAACACUCGCCUCAUGGGUCAAAGAUCUGGUGCUCAGAACAUUUUUUAUUCAGACUUGGAUCACACGUGGACAGCCCAAAUCGUUCUGGAUCUCUGGGUUCUUCUUCCCUCAAGGCUUUCUCACUGGAGUGCUGCAGAAUCAUGCAAGACAUUACAAUUUGCCUAUCGAUGAGUUGAGCUUUCGCUUUAACAUGGUGCCGGCCUACAGGGAUCAGGCUGUUGUGAGUGAAGUGAUACGAGGUCUCCCAGAAAAUGCUAAACUUGACAUGGAUGAUGAGCUGCCUGAUCCAAAGGACGGAGUUCUGAUCCAUGGGGUGUUUAUGGACGCGAGCCGCUGGGACGAUGACAACAUGGUGAUUGCAGACGCUUUACCCCGAGUGAUGAACUCCAUGUUACCAGUGGUGCACUUUGAGCCUCAGCAGAACUACACCCCUGAUCCCAAACUGUACGAGGCUCCUCUGUACAAGACCUCUGCUCGGGCUGGGACUCUCUCCACUACUGGCCACUCUACAAACUUUGUCGUGACAGUCAUGCUUCCGUCCAGCCAACCAAGUGAUUAUUGGAUCUCCAAAGCUUCUGCUCUACUGUGUCAGUUGGAUGACUAGCUUUUGUCUUUGCUUCAUGUUUAAAUAAACAUAUUUGGAACAUA